AUGAAUAGUUCUCAUCCGGUAGAUGUUGCUGUCUUAAGACGGCCGUACGGGCGUACGAUGCCGAGGGAUAUUCGUUCCGUCCACAUGCUCGCUCUUUCUUUUCAAGAUCUGAAAGAGCAAUGGACGUCCUUCAUGCGAUCGUCCGUAUCUCCACACAAUGGUGAGAAAGAAGUGUUUGGACGAAAAGGUCGUGAUUUGGCGGAGCGUUUGUCAAGCCAAAUCAAGGCAAUUAAACAGGAGCUACUUCAUCACCUUAGCACGCUGCUGCAUACGAGGCAAGCAGGGACGUGUAGCUCAAAGGAUCUUCAUACAUUUUACGAUACCUCGCUGAGCCGGGGUAACACCUCGCCAAAGGCUACGACGCCCACCCAUUCUUCCACCCCUCAGAAUGAUCUGCCCCCGAUCUAUAAAGGCGAUGGAAAUUCCGAUACGGUGGCGUUUUUCACCUCCCUCUUUUCCUCUCGUGAGGCGUGCGUGGAGAAUUGUUUAGAAAUACCCUACCUCGAGGCCCUUUGGCUAGCGCGGCGGGUUUGGUUGUGGGCGAUCUUCAUCGCGAUCCUCCUCGCCGAUAUGGAGCUCCUCUCCGGGAGUCUUUCCUUCGCAACGGGGCUGUACUUCGCGUUGCCGAUCCCACCUGGUCGUGGCGGAAACGCUCCUGCGUUUGUAAUGUCUUCAACUUCCUACAGCGGUUAUGGCGCCUUAACGUAUGAUACGUUCCGCGCGUACGCGAGGCGGCGUGGUGGUGGUGGGGUUGAGUUGGUCGACUUCUUCGAUUGCGAUGAGGCUGGCGAGGGUGACCAAGCAGGGGAAACAACGCAGAAAAAGACGAACGAACGAGCGGCAGCGGAAGGGAAAGAGGAGGAGUGGGAUGGAAUAUUCCUCCACGCCGCCGUGGUGCUCUACGCCGUUCUCGCGCGCGAUGAGGCGGCGGCCGCUGGCGGGAUUCAGCGCUGGUGGGAUGCCCUCUUAGCGACAUCCGACGCGCAGGCGGGGGAGGCGAGUUUGGCCGUCACCGAAACCCCCCAUCCCCUCCUCGACGCGGUUGAUUCAAACGCGAAAAGGGAUGCCUCAGAGGUGGAUAGCCCGCUUCGAGGAGGCGCUUCCCAAGGGGGUGUAGAAAAUGAGGAAGAAGUCGCACGUCUCUUCGCGUGGCGAGUGGCAUUGGCUGCCGAGUUCGCCGCCGCGGAGGAUUACGUUUCACUCAACCGUCUUUUACGCGGCGCGGCGUUUGCCUGCCGAAGAUUGCUAAUUUCUUCUCCCCAAUCGGAUCGUUUUCACGUGAACGUAGCGGAGGGCGUGUCGGGGAGCCCUCGUUUGUCGUUUUCCACUUCUACUUGCGCCUGCUUUGCGCUCCAGCUCCUCUACCGCACCCUCGCGGAGCAUGUGAUCCGACGCCAGUGCAUCGCAGGCGAUCUUGGCAAGUGUUUUCGCCCGGUCAUUUCCACCGAGAUUCCCCCUUCCUCCGGGGAUAAUCGCUCGAAUUUCACGUUUUUGACGGAUUGCUCACCCCCGUCAUUGGAUCCUCCCGACGAGAAGCCAAUGGGCGCGGCGGAUGCUAAAGGAUCACGAUCAGCUCAACCAUCAGAUCACCGGAGGAGGGUGGAUGUUUUCCUCGAACAGAUGCAUAUCUGCAGUCUAAUUCAGUUGACCAGCCUUCGGUCGAAGGAGGGACCUUGGCCUCUGCCAAAAUCAUUGGUAUCAUCCGCCUUUAAUUUAGUUUACUCGUAG